AGGGUAAAAAUGAACGUAGGAGUUGCCCACAGCGAGGUAAAUCCAAACACGCGGGUGAUGAACAGUCGUGGAAUGUGGCUGACCUACGCACUCGGAGUCAGCAUGCUGCACAUUGUCUUGCUCAGCAUUCCUUUCUUUAGCGUCCCUGUUGCCUGGACUUUAACAAAUGUGAUUCACAACCUGGGAAUGUAUGUGUUUUUGCAUGCAGUAAAGGGAACUCCUUUUGAAACACCUGAUCAGGGGAAAGCUAGGCUACUAACACACUGGGAGCAACUGGAUUAUGGAGUACAAUUUACAUCUUCAAGAAAAUUCUUCACAAUCUCUCCUAUAAUUCUGUACUUCCUGGCAAGUUUCUACACAAAGUAUGAUCCAACACACUUUAUCCUCAACACAACCUCUCUCCUGACGGUGCUUAUCCCCAAGCUGCCACAGCUGCAUGGCGUUCGAAUCUUUGGCAUCAAUAAAUACUAAGCAGAAGGUUUGACACUGACUGCCCCUGACAUGGCUACUGGUGCUCCCCAGGUGAAGGAAACGAGUAGUCUGCUGUGCCGUGUAUCUAAUCAUAUUCAAUGAUGAGAGAUGCUUUUACAUCUGAGAUACGAUUCCUACUUCCUGCAGCAUUGUCUGGGAUGAAAGUUGAGUUUAUAAGAAGAUACCUUCAAAUACUUAAAUGUGAAUUGGAAACCUCUAGAAGAAAGAUUUCCAUGAAGAACUGGGCAGGCCCAGCUCUCAAGUGUAAUCACCACUAAGACUGUAUGUAUCCCUGGCUGAUGCAAGGGACUUGUAAGGAAGGUGCGAGUAGCAGUUGAAAUGGAGAGUGACAUUUCACAAAUACCCAGCCAACCAUAAUGCAAAUGGUAACUUUACGUAUAAAUCCAGGAUCCUCAAUGCCAAGGACUGGUGAGGCCGCAUUUCUUAGAUUAACUGGAAGUAGCUAGUUCCUGCUGUAUGGGUUGUCGGUGGUUGUACUUGUUACUGCAUUGUAAA